UUGGAUAAUCAUUUGGUCGGACAUCGAGUGGACUCACGAGUGGACACAUCGGCCGUCAAAAUGAGCGGCGAAACUGUGGGCAUAAUAUAUCCGCCGCCAGAACUUCGAAAUAUCGUCGAUAAGACGGCGAGUUUUGUGGCCAGAAAUGGCCCGGAGUUUGAGUCACGGAUCCAACAGAACGAACAAAACAAUCCGAAAUUCAAUUUCUUGAAAGCCGGCGAUCCUUACAAUGCAUACUAUCAGCACAAAUGCAAAGACUUCAGGGAUGGCAACAAAGCGGGCACUGAUAUCGNCCGGAGUUUGACCGGCGAUCCUUACAAUGCAUACUAUCAGCACAAAUGCAAAGACUUCAGGGAUGGCAACAAAGCGGGCACUGAUAUCGUGGCGGCGCCCACCGGGCCCUACAACGCCGCCACCGCCGCCGCCGCCCUCGUCGCCAAACAGCAACAGCUCCACAACACCGGCUCCGUCUCGAAGACCGCCUCCAAACAGUUGGAACAGUUUAUGGAUCCGCCGAUCAUUCCUCGGGAACCGCCGCCGGAUUUUGAGUUUCUGGAGGACCCGCCGUCCAUAUCGGCUCUGGAUCUGGAUGUGGUUAAGUUGACGGCACAGUUCGUGGCCAUUCACGGCCGCUCUUUCCUCACGAAUCUGAUGAAUAGAGAGCAACGCAACUAUCAGUUCGACUUUCUUCGGCCACAACACGGGCUCUUCAAUCACUUCACGCAACUCAUCGAACAAUACGCCAAAAUCCAUACGCCGUCGAAGACUGUCGUCAAUCUUUCUCCGCGUGUUUGCUGCCGAGCUUCUCCUCCGGCUCUUCCUCGCCCCCACGAACAGGGAUUGUUUCCGCCGCCAACCACUCCAGAGAGGGUCGGCUCUAGGAUUCUGUUGCAGCAGAGGAUCGAAGAACAGGGACAAGAAGCGGUUGAAAUGGAUGUCGAUUCCGAUGAAGACAACGCCGCAAACAAAGAGGAAUCCAAUGCUAACAAAGAGAAGGAAUCGAUGCCUCCGCCACCACUGCCUCCACUUCCGCCCCAAUUGGAUAAUGUGCUCAUUCGUAAGGAUUAUAAUCCGAAGUCGACUAAAGCACAGCCGCAACAGAACCCAACGCCUUCGCGACCACUCGACUCGUGGAGCACAUGCGCUUCGGUCUACUGGUUCCGGUAUAGAGUGGAGUGGACUCGCAUUCAAGAGGCGCACAAACGACGGCUCGAAGAGGAGGCCGAGAAGGAGCGCAUCCAAUACGCGCAGAUCGAUUGGCACGACUUUGUCAUUGUGGAGACUGUUGACUAUCAGCCCCACGAACAGGGAUUGUUUCCACCGCCAACCACUCCAGAGAGGGUCGGCUCUAGGAUUCUGUUGCAGCAGAGGAUCGAAGAACAGGGACAAGAAGCGGUUGAAAUGGAUGUCGACUCCGAUGAAGACAACGCCGCAAACAAAGAGGAAUCCAAUGCUAACAAAGAGAAGGAAUCGAUGCCUCCGCCGCCAUUGCCUCCACUUCCGCCACAAUUGGAUAAUGUGCUCAUUCGUAAGGAUUAUAAUCCGAAGUCCACUAAAGCACAGCCGCAACAGAACCCAACGCCUUCGCGACCACUCGACUCGUGGGUUAUCUCUCCGAUCACUGGCGAGAAAAUACCGGCCGAUAAACUACAAGAGCACAUGCGCUUCGGUCUACUGAAAAUACCGGCCGAUAAACUACAAGAGCACAUGCGCUUCGGUCUACUGGACCCGCGUUGGGUCGAACAGAGGGAUCGCACCAUUCAAGAGAAGAUGGCUCAGGAGGAGGUGUACGCCGUCGGCUCUGCCAUUGAGAGCAGUCUUAAACAGUUGGCUGAAAGACGUACUGAUAUUUUUGGUUCCGGAGAUGAGGAGACAGUUAUCGGCAAAAAGAUCGGCGAAGAAGAGCAUAAAAAGCCUGAGAAGGGACAAGUCGUAUGGGACGGACACACGGCGUCCGUGGAAGCGGCCACUCGUGCCGCCAGAGCUAACAUCACGAUUGAGGAACAGAUCCAACAAAUCCACAAAAUUAAAGGUCUUUUGCCAGAGGAUGACAAAGACAAGAUCGGACCCGCUUUGCCCUCCACUUCCAACACGGGAGCCAUCAUUUCUGCGCCGCCCAUCACUUCCAUACCGAUAAUCUCUGCGCCGCCGAAGUCUCAAAUGAUGUCAACGCCGAGUAUGUCGAUCAUCACGACUACCAUAAACGCGGCGCCGCCUGUGAUGGCACCGCCGCAACAGAUGCAGGCAUUGCAUGGAAUGCCUCACCACCCGAAUCACCCGCAAAUGAUGCCACCAAUGAUGAUGGGCGGACAGCCCGGACCUUAUAUGAUGGCCCCGCAUAUGAUGGCUCACAUGGGAUUGUAUGGAAUGCCUAUCCAUCAGCCGCACGACAUGAAUAUGGGGCCCACUCUCACGCCAUUAGGUGUUCCGCCGCCUAAUAUGGCGAUCAACUUCGAUGAAGAGCCCGCCUCUAAGAAGACACGAACUGAAGACAAUUUGAUUCCAGAGGAAGAGUUUCUGGCGAAGAGCGGACCGAACGUCACAAUCAAAGUACAGGUCCCGCAGAGCAGCGAAAAGGCCGAAUGGAAACUGACGGGUCAAGUGUUGUCACUAACGCUUCCGCUCACAGACACCAUAGCAGUAAUAAAGAGCAAAAUCCAAGAACAGACUCUUAUGCCUCCCGCCAAACAGAAGCUCCAAUUGGACGGUGUCUUCGUUAAGGACUCCAAUUCGUUGGCCUUUUAUAACACGACGAACGGCGCUGUCGUUGUCCUCGGACUCAAGGAGAGGGGCGGACGCAAGAAGUGA